GCUGGCUACCCCGGCGGCGCGCCGCCCGCCGCCGGCGCUAGCGCGGAGGCGCCGAGCAGGCAGCGGCACGACCCGCCUGGCCAGGGCGCCCCGCGGGCUCCCCCGGCGGAUGCGUUUGCGCCGGAGGAGGCGCCGCGAUUCGCGCCGCUGGACGCCUCCUCUCAGGCAAGGCCGCCCUCUGCUGGCGACCAGUUCCCUGGUGCAG